AGAGAGAGAGAGCGCUAACAGUGUCAGCCAGACAGACAGUGACUGAGUGAGUGAGUACAGGACUUGGGGGGCUCUGAGAGCAGCACCAACUGCUCAUGCGCGGUGCUCUCACCUGGGCUAACGGGAGCGGGAGUGAGGGGCCGGCCCGGGGCUGGGGGAGGGGGUGGUGUGGGGGGGAGAAGGGGAGGGGGUGACAGAAAAGAAGAAGAUGGCCGAUAGGACCGGAGUUGGAGACCGCCUGGGUUAGAUAGCGGAUUAUAACCCCCUCCCUCCCCCUUCCCCCACCCCCCAGUCCGGGUCCGUCCGUCAGGGAGGGAGGGCGAAUGGCCGCGGCCGGAGCGCUCCAGUGAAACCGGGCGGCGGUUUAACCCCCUCCCCCGCCCCCUCCCCCAGGUGUGUGUGUGUAUGGGGGGGGGUUUCCGACAGCGGACUGACUAACCCCCCCCUCCCCUUUCCCUCAGACACCGCCCCCCUCCCCCCCCUCACCCUCCAGGGGAGGGUUGUUGAUGCUGCCCGGCCGCCCAUGGGAGGGAAGCAGAGCACGGCGGCCCGCUCCCGGACCGCUUUCCCCGGCGUCUCCAGCGACGACAGCGCCGUGCACGCCGCUCACUACGGCCAUUACCGGGCUCCCGCCGCCGGAGGAGGUGCUGGUGGCGGAGGCGGAGGAGGAGGAGGCCCCGCCAUGGGGCUCAGGACUCGCUCGGUCAGCAGCGUGGCCGCGAUGGAGCCGGCUCACGCCUUCGGGCUGUACGGUGGAGGAGGGAGCCGGGCCGGAGGAGGAGGCGGCAGGGCGGCCGAUGGGCCCGAGUCGGCCGGUAACGGUUACCAGGAGACGGGCGGUGGAGGAGGAGGAGGCCCGGGCGCCCGGGAGCUGCAGCUGUACCUGGGCUCGAGGGCGGCCUCGCUGUCCGACUCGCUGCCGCUUCACCUGGCGGCGCCACGCUGGUUCAACACACACAGCGGUUUCAAGUGCCCAAUUUGCUCAAAAUCUGUAGCUUCCGACGAGAUGGAGAUGCACUUUAUAAUGUGUCUCAGCAAGCCACGACUCUCCUACAACGACGAUGUGCUGAGUAAAGAUGCUGGAGAAUGUGUAAUCUGCUUGGAGGAACUUCUGCAAGGAGACACAAUAGCUCGACUUCCUUGUCUUUGUAUCUACCAUAAAAGCUGUAUAGAUUCAUGGUUUGAAGUGAACAGAUCAUGUCCAGAACACCCUUCGGAUUGACCUUUCCUGGCUUGCAGCUGCUUAUGGCCUUCUGUUAAAAGGGCACUCUGCUCACUUUGGAUAAACCCUUACAUGGAGGUUAAGAAUCUGAUACACUUGAACUGAAAUUCCAGCAAUCAGUUCUGAACAAGAGAAACAAAAAGAACCAGAUGAAAUUUGAAUAAAGAAGGAAGCCAUGAGUAGAUCGCCAGCUGGUAGAUUGAUCACAUCAGCCCCAGAAUAACGGAAUGACUGAUUCUUUUUGAAAAGACUGUACAGAAAUAAAGGGGAAGAAAAGGACUUGCCAAGCAGAGCAUGAUUGCUUUUUGGAUUUGAGAGUGCUGUGCAAAAGACUUGUCUCUGGGAUGUGACUUCAAGGUGGCAACCACUGCAGGUUAUAAAAGCAAAGGAGAGUGGAAUUUCACAUGUGUUGACCAAGUUCUGAAAAUGCCAGAAUGUAAAGCAUUGAGUGUCCGUGGGCUUGUAGUUGUGUCCAUGAUGUGUUUACACAGUGUCCAGUGUAGCCAGCGUGUUCUUGCUGAUGUGUGUACAGACACGAGCACUCUCCUGGCUUUUUUCCAUCCCACUUUGUGACAGAUGUUGCCAAAAAUUUAAAUCCUCUAUUGAAAGGAUCUGUUCCUUGUCGACAAUUUUCAGCCAGAAGCGCUCUCUGCACUAACGUUUAAACCUGGAAUCCUGUCUUCUUGAGCUCCUCAGCUCAGUGCUACAAAAUGACACAGGCAUCCUAAAGAGAUGGUUCAAAUCUCUUUUUUGCCCUUCUCUCAAGGCCCUAGUGGAUUUUUUAUGGCUGCAGUUUCCUCUAGAGACUAGUGAAUCUGUCCUGCUGUUAAAGGUAUCAAUUUUACUUCAGCUUGUUAUGUAGCCUGAAAAUUCAGGCUGGUCUAUGUAUGACAGCUGGAGGAAGAUACGCCCUUUUGUUUGUCAAGGUGUUUUGAUAUGGUGUACCAUCACGAUGUUCAAUAAACUAUUGAAUGAGCAUUUACAUUAAUUUGUGCUAGAUAAACAGAAAUGGAGUUAAGAUUUCCCUUUUCUAAUUUUAUUUUCACAGAAAUCUCUUCACAAAUGAAAAGUUACAGCAUGAUGUAAAGUUUUUUUUACUACUUUGGUGACGUAGGCUUUUAGUAAGUCUCAGGAAAUGCAAUGACCUGCACGUGACCCAGAUGUGGGUAGUUUUCCACUUUCUUUAGGGACUGCAUUUACAAUGGAAGGUUGGUUUAUAGCAUAAAGGGCUUUGCAAUGUUAGCCCGAGAGCUAUGGACUGUUGCUGCCGUUCAGUAAUGUGUUUACAGUGACUGCAAGUUGGUAGAAGUAACGUAAGCUAGGGUUGAUAUGCUCUGCUCUAUCUGGUCAUCCAGAGCUCUCAAGCAGAGCUAAUACACAGAUCCCUGCAAACAUUGGGAGAAACCCUGAGUUUGCUAGGCACAAGCAGUCUGGGUAUCAGGUAGUUAAUUCCCUGCCAUAGCAUUUACUGGUAAAUUCAAUAGUAAUUUUCGUUCCCCAAAACAAAAACUAGUGUUUUAUAGUUGAUGAACAGACAGAAAAGAAAGAGACCGGAGAUGCCACUUUACAAGGAAUGGGAGGAUAUGACUGGAAAAUGAGUCAUUAGAAGGAAAAUGAGGACCUCGCACACCAGCAUUUAUAGUAAAAAUGGUGUUUGUGAGCGGAUUUCAGAAUCAAGACAAAUUGCACUAGUGGUCAACAAAAUAUAUUUGAAACCAUGCUGUUAGCAGUUUUGGGUACUACAAGUUACUGCAUGACGGGUAUCGAAUUUGAGUGUAAGAUAUAUUACUGCAGGAAAAUUGUGCUUUUCCCAGCAAUGUGAGUAGGCCUAGCACUUCUUGGAACUGUGUACAGUCAUUGUGAAAUUAAUGUUUCAAUGUGGUGGGUUAGGGGUUUUCCCGUGUAUACAGAAACUGAAAUACGUAGCAGGAUUGUGUUGCUGCUGUUUUUAUUACGCGUUUUAUUCUAGCAUCACCUUUACAUUUCCCUUCUACUUUUGUAAUGGUUUCACUGUGUGCUCUGUUUCUUUAAAUGACUUAUCAAAAGAGGUCACAAUGAUGAGGUCCUUGUAAUCUGUGAUGGAUUUCAAACUUCAGGUACCGAGUGUCAGUGAAGCAAGAAUUUACUUUUUUUCAAACAAACUUUGUUUUAAAGGUGUUGCACGAUACACAGCACAUUCAUAAUGACUUAAAGCAAUGCACUUUUUGUUUUCUGUGUACUUUUUUUAGUUUCUUGGAUGCUCUUGCACUGCUUUAUUCUGAUACAGAUUCUCACCGAGGUGAUCUGUCCUAUUUUUCAAGGUGAACAUUGUAAAAAAAAAUCAAAAAUUAAGCUUAUUUAAUUUUGAAUGCCUCUGUUGUAAUUUGUACUUAUUCUAAUUUACCCUGUCCUAGUGCCUUGAGUUGAAACCAUUUUUGGUGCUCUCAUUGAGCUGACUAUUUUCCAGCCUGUUUCUUGGUAGCUUUGAUGAAUGAGGAAAUUAACAGUGCUUUUAAUGUGGUUUGUCCCCACUCUAUUUUCACCUCAAAUCUUUCAUAUAAAGUUAGUUAUUUCAAAGAAAAAGGACUUUCCCUUCCUUGUGUGUAUAAAGAUAAAAAUGGAGCUAAGCAUCUAAAUUUAAAUUAAAUUGACUCUCUCGAAUCCUUUUCUUCAUAAAACAGUGUCCACUUUCUGCUCUGUAGUUGAACAGCUGACCUGUGGCAAACAUUUAACUGUCUUCUCUUCUCAGCAAUACAUCUGUGGUUUGUGGCACAAUCCAAUGUGAACCUAGUUGCAGCUGUUUGCAGUAUUUGACUGCUUGUGUCAAACACAGAUAUCACCUACUGGUUCUAUAAUAGACAACCCAAAUCAGUAAAAAUCAUAAUUAUAAAAGCAGAUCUACAGUAUCAUCAAUAUUCUCACUUAAAACUUAAUGCAUUUUUAAAAAAUGGGAAUGAAAAGAAAAUGUUGAAAAUACUCAUGCUUUAUCCACAUCUGAGAACAUUUUAAUGUUAACAUUUUGCUAUGGAAAACCAAAGCCAAAACCCUAAUUAAGAAUUUGGGGAUUUUAGUGUGAUGAUUAAUUCUUUGGGCCAAAAAGGAAAUUAUCCCAAAACUGCAUGAUAUCACACUUUUGCCUGUUCUUUUUAAAAUUUUGUUUGACUAAAAUUGCUAUCAGACAGGGUAGUUACCAAGUGCUGUUUGGCAGGAUGUUGCUUAGCACCUGCUUUCUCUCAUGUGACUGACCUCGGUUAUUUUCAUUGGAGCAGGAAUUGAUCAUUUCCCCUCCGACAGGAAGUGACGCUUGGCAGGUGAGCCACUGCAGGCCACAUGGUCUCCCUCAGUUAAGCAGCUGCUUUAGUCAAGAUACCUGGGCACAGCUGACUACUUUGUCAGCCUGGCGUGAUGAAUGGAGCAUGGCAUGAGAAGAAAGAACAGCUAAAUUGGGAAAGGAGAAUCUCCACUUGAAUAAUUAAAAUGUACUGUUGCUGAAAUAAUUACCCAAAAAAUAACUUACAAUACUAAUUCAUUUUCCCCAUAAUGACUUGCUUAUUGGUGUUGCAGAAGAAUUCUCUGACACCUCAUCUGUUAGUUUGAGUAGUAAUGUUCUAAUGGUCGAUCUGUAGGGCAAUAAGAACCUGAUUACUAACCAUGUUAGUAUUCAUAUUCAUGUUGACACAUUUUUAUUACCUUUCAGAUGUAAUUUCCUCUUAGUGAUUUUGCAAUAUGUCCACUGAGCUUACAAGACGAUGAUGUCAAGGAAUAAUCUCUGUUCUGUACUGCCCUGUUUUAGCAGCAGAACAUCACAACCAUUGCCCAUGACUUGUAUCCAUUGCCCUGAGUGUGAUUUUAAAAAGAUAUCAAUUAUUUUAAACUUUCCAUUCUGAUUCAUAGUUUUUUUUUAAACAUUGAAUCACCUGGAAGAUAGAAAGAGUAGUAGAUGAUUCAGACCCUUGAACCUUUUCCUCUGUUCAGUUAGAUUGUGGUUAAUCUGCACCCCAACUCUACAUCCUUCAAUUUGUGUUGUGGUGGGAUUUCAGUCUCUUUUGGUCCCGGCAUCUCUGCUUUUGGAAAUACAAGCUGAGUUUACACAAUCAUAAUUUGACUCUAUAAACCUUUUGAUAUCAUUCUGGGGAAUUCAUGUUGCAGCACCUGUAGGGCCAUUCAAUUCUUCGGGUGGAAUGGGAUGCCCAAACAGUGAAUGAAUGCAGUGUUUCAGGUGGGGUCUGACCAAGGCUGUAUACAGCUGAAAAGUAUUCUUCUGCUUUAUACUUCAACUCCCUUGAGAUGAGGGCAACUUUUUCAGUCCUUUUGAUAGAAACAAAAUUCAAUCUAUUAACUUUCAAUGAUUUGAGUACUUGAUAACAGUUGAAUUUGAAACAUAAGAAUUUGUUUCUUCGGCCCAAAGUGAAUGAUUCCAGACUUAUCUGCCAUUGGCCACAUUUUUAACUAUGCAAUGAAUUAGACAAAAAUCUCUUUUUAACUUCCUACUCCAAUCUGCAUGACUCCAUCAUCCCUUCUACCUUGACAUUUUUAUCGACAAACUUGUUAUGCCACUCUAUUCCUUCACCCAAGUCAUUAAUAUUUAUUGAGAAAGUGUGAAGUUCCAGAACAAAUUCCAGACCCUAAACUUAUUGUUAUGGAGAGAGUGACUGUGUGAACAUCAUCACUUUGUGGCAUUCCCUCUGAGUGUCUAACCUUUAUUUUACUUCUAGUUUUCUAUCUUCAAAUCAAUUUUAAGCACAGAUUAAAAGUCUACUUCAAAUUCUGUCUACUCACAUUUUGCUAUUUGGUUUAUGGAGUCUUAUCAAAAAGACUUAUUGAGGGCAGUGGAUAAUAUCACUAGAUCCCCCUUAUUAGUGACAUUUUCAUAACUUCUACUGAAUUAGUCAGAUAUAACCUGUGCUUAAUAAAACCAUUUUUAACUUUCUGAUCAGCUCAUUUUUGUUUAAUUGCUUAGUUAUUGUGUUCCUGGUGACAGAUCUUAGUAACUUCCCUAAAACUGACAUCAAACUAACAGGCUAGAAUUUACCUGGUUUCUGUCUCCCACUUAAAUAAUGGAUUGAAGUUAGUGAAUUCACAAUAUAGCCAACAAUCAGUGAAAUAAGAAAUUUGAAAGAUUAUGACUAACGCUUCUGAAUUCUCUCACCAAUUAUUUUAACACUUGGGUAGGAACCAUCAAACCCUAGAGAUUUAUCUUUCCUAAUUCCCAUUAAUGCCUCCAUUACCAUUUUUAAAAAAAAUAGUUGUAUUGGAUCCAAUAAGCUUCUCCCUUUGAUUUAUCCUUCAGCUAUCACUUGUAUUUUAUAUCUCUUCCUGUAUUCUAAAAUUGAUUAUGAUAUAUUUGUUUGAUAAAUCUCCCAUUACCUCAGUGUCUAAUUGAGUACCAGAUACAUCGUCUUUUUGGGUCCAGAUUCCUCUCAGAUAAUCUUGCUCUCAGUGUUAAUAGUAACAGUUUUACUAUUAGCUUUUAUCUUAAUUAGAAGUUUUAAUUUUUUUUGCAGCUUGUAAUUUCUUUUUGUUCUGUUGUUUUCAUAUUUUAAUUAAUUGUCACAAUCUAGUAGUGAAAUUAUGCUGCUGUAUACAACCUCUGCCUCUAUUCUUUUGCCCACUCCACCUUCCAAAUAAAAUGUACUUAGUGUUCAUUAACUGUGCAAAGUCGAGAAAAUGAAAGCAUGUUGUCCAAACAGUUUUAUUUAAAAAAGCAUUCAGAAGGCUGAUUGUUAUUUAUGCAAGCUCGUUAGGUAAAAUCUAAAUUGUCCAUUGUGAUAGCACAGUUGGGAAACUAAUUACUUGGUUAGAAACAUAUAUAGGAGAGGUAGAGGAAGGACAAGAGAAAGUGUGUCUGAUGAUCUUUAUCUGGCAGAACUGCAACAUGAAGUACAAAUGCUGUGUAUUCUACUUUCUCUGUUCAAUAUUUCUGUGACUGGGAUGUUGCCUUAUGUAAUGAAUUGUUUUCAUAUUGCCAUAUUAAAAAAAGGGAGGUUGGAGGAAUUGACCCAGAGUGAUUGUCUGCAUUUGAUUAUAAUGUAAAUCCUAGCGUGUUUCAGUCUAAUGUAUAAUUAAACUAUGGCAUGGAUCCUUGAACUAAAGCAGUGUUUGAAAAGAAAAACAGCACAGCUAAGCAAAAUCAGACUUUUAGAAGAUGGAAUACUGUAUCAUCAAUGUAAGUCAGUAAUUUACAAGUCAAUUUUUUGUAGACUUGAAUAAAAGGGGAUAAUCUUUCAACUGUCCUAGUGUGUUUUACACUAUGCACUGUAGGCAGGCUUUCACCAGGUUCCAAUGAGAACAGAUGGAAUUUGUUUGUAAUGCAGUUUCUUGAAAAAUGUUAAAUGUUUACAGGCACAUUAUGCUUUUUAUAUUAAAUUUACUGAGUAGACGUUGAUCUGAGAUUAACACCAAAAAGAUACAAAGCUCAUUUUAAACAGACUAUCCUGUAUGUUGAUGUAUAGUAUGUAUUUCAAAAUUAUGAAAAAUAAAAUCUACACAA